AUGAAUUCGAAUAUAUUGUUGUUAUCCGUUGUGAUAUUUUGUGAAUAUUCGUUUUUGGUACAGUGUGCACUAGGACUUAUUGGGAAUGCAAUCAACCUAGUCGUUCUGCUCUCGAAAACAAUGAGGAGUAGAACGAAUGCCCUUCUGGCGGCAACAGCGUUUGCAGACGCACUUUUCUUGAUAGCGCUUACACCGCAUUACUUAUCCAGAUAUGCGUUCUUCGUACGCGCUGCAAAAUGCCCUCACUAUUCAGAUGCUUCGCACAUCGCAAUCAACAGAUGCAGAUCUGAAUUUUACGAGUUUUAUGUCGAAUAUAAAACACUCUUCACAUUUGCUGCCAAUUGGUUCUCAGCCGCAUCAAGUUGGUUGACUGUCGCUGUUUCGUUGGACCGUUUUUGGGCCAUCAAAUCACCACUGCAAGUAAGGAGCAGCACAUGCUCGUGGUCACUCACUCUGACACUUUUGAGUGUGUUCGUUGUAACGGGUCUUUUAACACUUCCGCAUAAUUUUGCUUUUAAAGUGGUUCAUGAAAAUAAUACGCUAUUUGAUGCAAAGAAUCAUUCGCAUGCACAGCGUCAAGUAGCACAGUUUCACAACGGCUUGCAGUAUGUGUUCACAGUAACCAGUAUUCUAGUUCAAGUAUUCCUGCCGGUUCUUUUAUUAUCAGUCCUCAAUUCAUUCCUCAUCUACUACAUACGACAUAGGCACGAGUUUUUCGAAAUCACUGCUCCAAAGAGUUCAGUGCAUUCAACGAAGUCAGCAGUGGCCACUGAAACACCACCGAUGACAGCUGCAAUUCUUCCGAAGGCAUCAACUGUGACAAUAUGUGAUAACCCACGACGAUCCUCAAAAUGGUCAGGUGCAUGGGUCCGUCAGUUGCACACAAGUCAACGCCGUGUCACAAUAAUGGUCAUCGCAAUUGUGUCGUGCUAUUUGGUGACACACGUUCCGUCAACAGUUCUCUUCACGUACAUGUACACGAUCGACUUGAAUUUCUACACACGGAGGGAGAAUUAUGCAUUCGUUCUCAUAUCAAACCUAUUCGUUGUUUCCGGUAAAGUGGCAAACUUCUUCUUGUUGUGUAGUUCGAGUUCCCACUUCCGUUCACAAGUGAAGCAAAAGUUAUGUGUGAGGAGCAAAAGAUUUGAGAAGGAUCGCAGCGUGCAGAAUGGAUCCAAGACAUUGCCAAUGAAUAAUUUCGGUGAUCGGAACGGCUUAAUUCGUAAUCGCGAAACGAUAUUUUGUGACGAUGCUACUGUUGGAUCACCUCUUCUGCGUUGA